AUGGGUAGUCACGGUUGAGGUGGUUGUGCAGGUACAAGCGUGGUGGAUCCCCAGGACGCAGUCGACCAGCUCUUCGGCGCAGGUCGUGCGCGUGUGGUCGACGCCGUGACGUCGACCAAGGUGACGGAGCGAGAGGUGAUACUGGUCAACGGGGUGCCGGUACAGCUGGUUGGGGACGAUGGCGAGGCCCUCAAGGCGGCUCUGCUGGCAGGGAGGCUGCCCGACCAGGCGCUGGUCAACCGCGUGCUGGCGUCCGUGUUGGGCGCGGAACUGCGCGGCGUUACUCGCGUGGAGAGUAACCUCACCAUGACCUCGAGGGUGACCACUAAGGACACCCUCACCGUGCACCAGAACGGCCGAGUGGUGGAUGAGAGGAGUUCCGAGUCACACCUCGACACCAGUCUACAAGGUUCAUGUGCAGACAUUUUGCCUCCUCUUUCUACCCCUUCAAUGUUCUCCUCCCCUCCCCCUUCAAUCUUCUCCUCCACCCCUUCCUCUCUCAGCUCCUCUCCUCGACCCCCCUCAAGGAGCAGCACCAAGUCGCCCUCACCUCUCAACGCGGCCACCACAACUACCCUCACCACCUCCUCCUCAUCCACCUCCUCCUCCGCCAAGAACUCGCCUGCCCCCUUGAGACUGAGCCGCAGCUCGUCCUCCAACAGGGGCAAGAACAAGUCCUCCUCGAACCUCAGCCCCGACCUGGUCGAGGCGCUGGGUCGUACAGGACUGACCGACCGCUCCUCCAGACACAGGAAUGGCGAGUACAAGCUUCGUCACAUGCAAGAGGUAAGACUCGACAUCAGACUAUACCUUCUUGUUGUCUAUAGUCACACCGCACUGUUACACACACACUUGUUCUACACCCCCACCUGUAACUUAUAG